AUGUGUAGGGUUUUAAGCGGCAUUUACUAAUUAGUUACAUGGUAGUUAUGAACAAAUAACUGCCAAUAUACUAUUGAAACUGUAAGUAAAUAGUAAACUAGUCAACGACAAGAUUACAUUUUCUUGAGGUUAUGUUGCAUUUAGUAGUAAUUGCUGUGUACCACAUUUCUUCCUUUGAUUUGGUAGUUAUUAAAAAAAAUAUUUUAUAAAACCCGUAAUUUUAUAAUAAAAUGAGUGUCAUGAAAAAUAUACGCACUCCAAAAACUACGCCAAUUGUUAAUGAUUAUGAAAUUACAAGCACUGUCUUAGGACUUGGAAUUAACGGAAAAGUCGUAGAAUGUUUUUCCAAACAAACAAGAGAAAAAUUUGCAUUGAAGGUUUUACACGAUUCACUAAAAGCCAGAAGAGAAGUGGACUUGCAUUGGAAAGUAAGUGGAUGUCGGCAUAUAGUAAACAUUAUAGAUGUAUAUGAAAAUACCUACAAUGGAAUGAAAUGCUUGCUUGUUGUUAUGGAAUGUAUGGAAGGAGGAGAACUUUUUCAAAGAAUUCAAGACCACCAAGAAGGUGCAUUUACAGAAAGAGAAGCUGCCCAAAUAAUGCAUGAAAUAUGUAUUGCUGUUAAAUAUCUUCAUGAUAAUAAUAUUGCACAUCGUGAUUUAAAACCAGAAAAUUUGUUGUAUACUAAACAAGGAAGAAACGGUAUUUUAAAAUUGACAGACUUUGGUUUUGCAAAAGAAACAUUAUCUAAUGAUACAUUACAAACACCUUGUUAUACCCCAUAUUAUGUAGCUCCAGAAGUUCUUGGACCAGAGAAAUAUGAUAAGAGCUGUGAUAUAUGGUCUUUAGGAGUUAUUAUGUAUAUAUUAUUGUGUGGUUUUCCACCGUUUUAUAGUAAUCAUGGCCUUGCAAUUUCGCCAGGAAUGAAAAAAAGGAUUAGAAUGGGUCAGUAUAACUUCCCUAAUCCCGAAUGGCAAAACGUCAGCAAAGAUGCUAAGGAAUUAAUAAACGGAAUGCUAAAUAUUGACCCAGCGAAAAGGCUAACCAUUGAUCAAGUUAUGCGCAAUUGUUGGAUAGCACAAUAUACUGCUGUGCCACAGACACCACUUCAUACUAACCGCAUGCUUAAAGAAGGUGAAGAAAUCUGGCCUGAAGUUCAAGAAGAAAUGACAAGGUCACUAGCAACCAUGCGUGUAGAUUAUGAUCAGGUACAUAUUAAAACACUAGAUAACUCCAACAAUCCUCUUCUUAAUAAAAGGCGUCGUAAAACAGCAAUUCAGGUACAAUCGAAAGAACAAUAGCUUCCAAUAAUUUAAUAUAAUGAUGUUUGUUGCUAACUGGAAAGUAUCCAGAAUAAGUACAGUAUAUUCACAUGUAAGAUGAAUUUAUAACAUAAUCUUGUUAAACUGUAAUUGCAAUUGCGAAGUCAGUUAGCGAAAAUUUAGUAAUAAAUGUUGACGCAAAUUGUUAUAUUUUUGUAAAAUAUAUAUAUAUGAUGUCAACAACGUUUUAACGAAUCUGCAAAGUACUUCUACAUUAAUCUUAGUAACGACCGAGGCGAAUGACGUGUAAUUGAUAUAUGUGUGGUUUUAAACAACCACGAAUUAAACAAUAAAUAUUUUUUUUCUUUA